AGAUUACACCAGGUACUCAACUAUAGGAUAGCAGAUAUGCACUUUUGAAUACAGUGUUAAAAAUGGUUCAUCCAACGAGUUUAUUAAGAUCAGAUUCUGACGGGGCUCAGCGUUUUGCUGCUCCGGUAGAAAAUUAUUGGAAUGAAAUCGAUUGUGGUAUAAAAGCGUUGCCAUGCUUGGCAGAGAGGUUGCAGUUGCAAAAAUUAGCGAAAUUAUCAGUUUUUGUGACAGUGCUUUCGAUAAUAGGAUACUUGCGUGGUCUUAUUGUUGCUUAUAUGAAUGGUACUUCGCAACUUUGGAUUAAACAUUACAAUUUCCCCAGUUUUGCCACAAACUGGAUGACAGUUUCUAACGAAGUGUUUAAUGGUUUGUUAGCACUUUGUAUUUCUUAUUGGGGUGCUCGUCUACACAGAUCUUCUUGGAUAGGAGGUUUCACAAUGGUGAUAGCGGUUUCAGGUGCAACUUUAACCAUUCCAGAAAUUUACCAUCCGUUUACUGGUGUAGAAAUUACCAAUACAAUUAUAGGUCCAAGUUUGUGUGGGGAUCCAAAUGGACAAAAAUCUAGUAACAAUACAAGCUUUGUGACAUUUGAUGAAGUUACUUUUGGUUAUUAUAUUAUUUUCGAAUUAAUUUUUGGAAUAAUGACGGUUUCAUUCAUUACACAUGGUUUGUCUUAUAUCGACGAUCAUACCUCAGCCAAACAUAGUCCUGUAUUGAUAGGUGUAAUCUUGGCAGCACAUGAAUUUGGAAAAUUUGGAGGGAUAUACUGUUCUUGGUCUCCUUUCAUUUUACACAUAAGUGGAAUCUUUAUUUCACCAAUAUGGUUAACUGUAAUCAUAGUAACGUUUUUGGCUGGAUUUGUCAUGGUACUUUUCCCUACAGAACUUCCAAGUAUGGUGCUGAAAAAAUCGGUGAAUGACUUGGUGAAUAUAGCUUCUGGAGGUAAUCGAACGGAAGAAAAAACUAAUAUUGAUGGUUUCUUUAGGACGGUAUGGAAUUUAAUCAAUAACAAUAUUCUACUCCUUAACGUCAUGUCUUUAACUUUGUUACAAUCUGCGAUGAUUAACUUUGGUUUAUCCGAGAAAUAUUUCAAUCAAUCAAAAUAUCACGUUUCUAUAGAAGAGGAUACUUCAGGUUAUACGGAUCCUAGCAUCAUGCAGUUCACUACCAAUCUUCUGCGACAACCUUUCGUAUCUGUAUGUUUGAUAACUUCUGGAUUUUUCAUGGCAAAACUAAGACCUAGACUAAAAUACUUAGUUUCUUGGAAUAUAACUGCUGUUAUUUUGGUGAUAAUGAUAUUCUCAAGCACUGCUUUUUUAAAUUGUAACCAUCAAAUUCAAAACGAACAUAAACAUUCCAUAACAAUUCCGUAUUGUAGUAGUCACUGCGGAUGUCCUGUCGAAGAAUCAUUUCAACCAGUAUGUGUAGAUGGAAAAACAUAUUUUUCACCUUGCUUAGCAGGGUGUAGAAAUUUCACCUCAGCUACUUUGGUAUAUGAUAAUUGUUCUUGUGGUAUCACUGUUACUGAAGGAUCCUGUGAUGAAGAAAAUUGCAAGUUCAUAUUAGCAUUAGCUCAAGUAAACAAAAUUAUAAUAAAUGGAAUAGUUGCUAGUGCUCUCCUCGUAAAUAUUAUAAUUAUCAUGAGAGUUGUAAGAAGACAAGACAAAGCAACAGCACUGGGAUUAGAGUUGACAUUUUUUGGAAUAGUACCUUACGUACCAAUCAAAAUAAUUUAUCACUUCAUUAUUGACCGAUUUUGUGAAAUUAAAAGUGAAAAAGGUUGUCAAUACUUUUCCGAUAAUUUUCCAUUGGCUGUAUCGUUAAUAACAAUUGGUCUAAUGGUAUGCGCUGUUUUUCUAUUAAUAGCCUUAUUUUUCAUUGCGAAAAAAAAUAAUAAGAACGAGAAAAAUUAUAAUUCUGAUUAUGAGUUGAACGGAUUCAACGAAAAUGUUACAAAUAAUAAUAAUUCACAAAUAAUCAUCUCAGAAGAACAAAUACCUUUCGUUAAUCAGUCUAGACGGAAUCCACCAUUAUCUAGACAAGAACGAAUUCAAUCUUACAUAGAAGAAGGAGAAUUAGUACCACCGCUUCUACCUCCCAAAAAGAAGAAUACUAAACAAAGAAAAAUCCUUACGAAUACUCCGAGUACAAGCACUAAUAGCAACAUUUCUGAAAACACAAAUAAAAAAACGGAUAUAUCAAGACCUGGUUCACGUACAAGUAACAGAAGGAACUCGAAAGCUUCAGCAGAAUCCGAUAUGUCUUCUUUAUACAGAUUUGCAGACUCUAUAGAGAAUCUAGACGACAAUUCUUCUCAAUCGUCCAAGGUAAAAAGUCCAAGAUCAAGUAGGAAAAUAGACCACGAACCUAAAUUGAGUUUGAACUCCUCAGAAGUAAUGGAAACGGAAUUUUAACGGUCGACGAACAUUUUUGAAAAUGCUCUCUGAUUAAUAUUUGGUCGAAUAGUAUUGAAAUAAGAUGCAAGUUUUGAAGGGAUAUAAAUAGUAAUUUAUUUUAUUUUGUGAUAUAAUUUUGUAUAGAAAAAAUUAAAUUUUAUGUAUUGGAUGUAGUAGAACUUUUUACUUCUGCUCAAAUACAGUACCGUAUCCAGCUAGCGUUAUGAACGAUCUAAAAUUUCAUUGUGGCGUUUUUGAAAGAAUUAUUAAACAAACUGAAAUCUACUUAAAUGGUGCAGAUAAAGGUCACGAAAAAAUUCUGUUGACCUUCAACGCCAAAAUUUUGAGAAAUCAUUAACAAAUAAAAGAAAUUGAUUCUCUUUGAAAAGUAGGUAAGUCAAUGGAUUUCCAUUGGAGAAAAACCAACAGAAAAAAAAAUGAAAUCCGUCCCUUAAGAAUUUUUUAUUCACGUGACAUCUAAACUUACAGAAAUGAAAUAAGAUCGAUUAUAUCAAUAGUCUGUCCCCUCAUUGGAAUUUUCCUUUAAAUAAAUGUUUAUCAAGGCAUAUGUGUUGAUGAUAAUGACAUUUGAAUAGGCUACAACUGAAAUUAUUUACUAUUGUAUAUAUUAUUCUUAAGUUGUUUGUAACCAAAUACCUUUAAAAACAGAUAAUAAAAUAAAACCAA